ACACAUAGAGUUUAAUGGUUUGUGUGUGUAUUGUGAGGAGCACAAUCAAUACCGCCAUUUAAAUAACCAAAGCUGAUUCGAGGUCGGACAUAGGUGUGUACAGUGUACAAGUGCAUAAAAAUACUUAUUAUUUAUAUGUUUCUAUACUUAACGAUCAGAUGGUAAAUUCUAUUCGUCAAACAUGGAGAACCGUGAAACAUUAUACAAUAUAUUAAUGGCGACAGGGAACCUCGAAAUGUGGCUGACAAGGUGUGGACAAUAACAACACAACACCUCUCUGAUUCUUCAGAAUGGGGUCGUCUUCUUCGUUCUUGCCAUCGUCGGUCCAGUACACCACAUGUGAUAGCUGCAAGGCAGACUUUCAGCGCGCUGAAACAUUCUGUCUGGAUUGCCACGAGUUUUACUGCCCCGGAUGCUCUUCUCUUCACAAGUCACGUGAUCAUCGACAGGUGCCACUACCUCCUGACACGGCUCCGAACCAAAGCGAUGACAAGAACACAUGUGAUCGUUGUGAGAAAACUGACACUGUGACUGUCUGUCUUAUGUGUAGAGAAGUACUUUGCACCAGUUGUUGUCACCAACAUAAAAACACAAGAUUCAAAGAAGUUCACAACAUGUUUGAUUUCCUUACCCAGUCGGAAGUCGAUAUUUCAGACCUCGAUUCGAAACACUUGUUAAUUUCUGAUACCUCUGAGAUACCACCUCUGAAAGCACUGUUUGAAAGAGAUUUCUCAUCAAGAGUUCCAGGUGAUAGAAAAAACCGUUUAAUAGAAAUCCAGAGAAUCGUGACUCUACCUGAUGAUCGAGUAGUCGUUUUAGAUAAAGAGAAUAAAAAGGUGAAACUCUUCGAUGCUGAUCUUAACCUCAAACAUUAUUCUAAUGUGGACGAAGAUCCGGUAGGACUGACAGUGAUAGAUAAGUCGACACUCGCCGUGUCUGACAAGAAAACAAACUGUAUAACAUUGUAUACAGUACACAACAAUACACUACAGAGAUACAAGUCAGUGUCGUUUGAUAAGGAGGGCUGGGAUUUAUACGAUAUUUCAUACAAAAAUCAACAUUUUCUCUGUUUGAGCUGUAACGAGAGUGGGCAGAAAUCGGGUAUAGACAUGGUUGACAUGGCAGGUCAUAGAAACAUGAUAGUUGAGGAGGACGGAAACUAUGAUCUUGGUUCUCAUGUCGUAGCUGGAAACAGACGCUGCUUUUAUGUGUCUGACUACUAUAAAGACCAGGUGAGAUGUAUAACGUAUGCUGGAGAACAACUCUGGACUGUGGCGACACCUACUGGACCAAGGGGUCUAACUCUGGUCAGGGAGAAACUAUGCGUGGUUUCUGUAGUUGAGGGUAUGGUGUUGCAGACAUCUAUGGACGGUAAUAUGUCUGACCAACUCCUUGUGCAAGGACUGGUCCAUCCGCGCUGCAUCUGCUUCCAGGAACAGAGGAACACGUUUCUAGUUGCACAUGACCAGGCAGAUGCACUUAUAAAAAUGUAUAAGAUCGAAUAAUAGGAGAGAGAGAGAGAGAUAUUCAUAUAUUGACGGAAAUAUAACGUCAAUUAAAUAAAAUAUUUCCAAAUUCUUAUUUUGACAAAGUGCUUCAAUUCCCUUUAAUUCCCUUUAAUGGAAAUAUUAUGUUAUCAUUAUUUCUAAUCUACCAAAAAUACUGUAUGCAAAUGAACUGAAAUUUUAACCAUUGAGUGGAGACCAGGUCGGGCUAUAAUGAUAUCAAAAAUCGUAUUCUCAAGAAUGUCACGCAUGAUCUGUUAGACACUCAGCAAAAGUUCAUAGAUUUUGUGUGUGUUAAUAUAUUUCACUAGUAAAACACAAUACAUAAUAGACUCGCUUGCAUGUUUUAGGUAUUUUGUUUAUUUCAUAAACAUCAUGAAUCAUAUACAGUUUGAUAAAAAGAAUGAUUUAUUGUUUUUGUACACCACUGAAGUACUGAAAUACAAACGCUUGUUUCAUGAGAUGGCUAACUAUGCAAGUAUUACGAAAUAUAAAAAAAACACUUUGGAACUAUACAGUUUUACAACAUAUCGUACGUCAGUGAAUUAAUUCUCCAAAUUUCACAAAAAAAAA